AUGAACCUGGGCAUGGGAACUGGCUUCUAUGGUAGGAAAAAUUUCUUAGGGCUAAUUCCUUGUGCUGCUGCUGCUGAGGUGGUUGCAAGCUACUUUGAACUGGAGAGCAGUGGCCCAAGGGAAGAAAUACGCUACCAUUACAUCCAUCGUGGGAAGCCCAGGACUGAGGCCCUCCCCUACCGCAUGGCCGAUGGACAGUGGCACAAGCUUGCACUGUCAGUGAGCGCCUCUCACCUCCUGCUCCAUGUCGACUGCAAUAGGAUCUAUGAACGUGUGAUAGACCCCCCAGAGACCAACCUUCCUCCAGGAAGCAAUUUGUGGCUUGGACAACGCAACCAAAAGCAUGGCUUUUUCAAAGGGAUCAUUCAAGAUGGCAAGAUCAUCUUCAUGCCGAAUGGGUUUAUCACACAGUGUCCCAACCUAAAUCGCACUUGCCCAACAUGCAGUGAUUUCCUGAGCCUGGUUCAAGGAAUAAUGGAUUUGCAAGAGCUUUUGGCCAAGAUGACUGCAAAACUGAAUUAUGCAGAGACAAGACUUGGUCAGCUGGAAAAUUGCCAUUGUGAGAAGACCUGCCAAGUGAGUGGGCUGCUCUACAGGGACCAAGACUCCUGGGUGGAUGGUGACAACUGCAGGAACUGCACAUGCAAAAGUGGUGCUGUGGAGUGCCGAAAGAUGUCCUGUCCACCUCUCAAUUGUUCCCCAGACUCGCUUCCUGUGCACAUUUCCGGCCAGUGCUGUAAAGUUUGUAGACCAAAAUGUAUCUAUGGAGGAAAAGUUCUUGCCGAGGGCCAGCGGAUUUUAAACAAGAGCUGCCGGGAAUGUCGAGGCGGAGUCUUGGUAAAGAUCACAGAAGCUUGCCCUCCUCUGAACUGCUCCGCAGAGGAUCACAUUCUCCCCGAGAACCAGUGCUGUAAGGUCUGUCGAGGUCAUAACUUCUGUGCAGAAGCACCUAAGUGUGGAGAAAACUCGGAGUGCAAAAACUGGAAUACAAAAGCGACCUGUGAGUGCAAGAAUGGAUACAUCUCGGUGCAGGGCAACUCUGCAUACUGUGAAG